AUGGAAAAUCAACAGUACCAUGUCAACCAGCUGGAUGACCCCAUCCAGGAACACAGGAGGAGGAUACUGGUCAUGAUUAGAAAACGUCGGCGGUUAAGGGAUUAUUCUAAUCCAUUUGACAUCACCGUUGUCGAGUUUAACGCGCUCUACAGGAUGCCUCAACACAUUAUGGUUGAACUUAUUAACAUCCUCGAACCGUAUGUCAGGCAAAGGGUCUCUCGCCUGAGCGUUCCUUUCUACAUGAAAGUUUUUUGCUCUGUUGCAUUUUACGCUUCUGGGAGCUACCAAAGACCAGUUGGUGAGGGUGUGAACCACAAUAUUGCUCAAGGCACUGUCAGUAAGUGCGUAAAAGAAAUAACUAAUGCCCUCAAUCAUGCUGACAUUCUCACCAGAUUCAUUCACCUUCCUGAUACCAUUGAGGAGCGGAAUAUUGUGAUUGACAGGAACGCUUUGUUGGGCAUGCCUAAAACUUUAGGUUAUGUGGAUGGCACCUUGGUGAAAAUAGUCCCACCACCUCGGCCCAACCAGCACUAUCGGUGCCGUAAAGGCUAUCCAGCUAUUAAUGUUCUUAUUGUAAGGCACCUCUCAGAUUUGCUCGUGUAUUGUUGCCAUUUACGGGUGUUACCAUAG